AUGAGACGAGAUCACAAGAAAGAGUCGCAGGCUGCGUCGCGACAACAAUUUUACAGCAUCGAGAAGGAGCAGCAUCGCUUCUACAGCGUCGAGAAGGAGUUUGACGACGCCUCCACGAUGGCGAGCACGCGACAGUCUGAGGAUGCGCCUUUGCUGGAGAUUGAUGAGAAGGUUUCGCCAUGGAUCGUCGAGACUUCGCGGCCACGAUCAAUGAGGAACACCCGCUGCAGGGUUCGUCGACUUCUCCGCUUGCACCGUCGUCGUCCUGGUUCGAGAAACGGCGGUAAUGCGACAAAAUCGCCGAGGAAGGCGAAGAAGACGCCGCAAGAGCCCGUCAAGACGCAUGAGACUAUCAUUGACAAGGGCAACGGCAGCUCGAGUCAACACUGGGCGUAUAACCUGGCCCUUGGACUCGCGUGGUAUAUGCCUGCGCCUUACGAUAUGAUGCCUGUGGGGUAUCCGUCGCGAGUUUUCUGA